UAUAAUACAUAUCAAUAAUUCUGAUCAUAAAAGAUUAUCUGACAUUUAUCAAAAAUCUCUUAAAAUUUCCAAACUAAAGAACUGUGAUCUGCUUUUAAACGGAACACUCCAACAUUACAGUAAAGAAGGGGCGACCUUAAGGCUCUUUUGUGUCUUCGCGCGGGGCCUGCGGUCUCAAGCACGUGGUCAGACCCCUUAUGUUUUGUGUAAACAUCGGGGGAGGCGGGCCAACAUCUCUAGCAGCCAAUAGAAACUACGAUCUACCCAUUAGAACCAACCGUGAUAGCCUGUUCGUAUUGUGGGACGAACCUUGAGGCUUUCUAGAGCAGAGAAAAGAAUUAAACGUUAUGAUUGGCAGAAAUCGCGGCCACUAGGAGAACAGCAUUGCAAGAACAUUAAUGAAUGACACGUAACCGGUCAAAUUAGAAGACCGUAAAUGCUGAACAGUCCAAUCAAAAGUACCCGCUUCUCGGAAGGGUUGGGCAUACUUCCUAUCAGAGGAGAGAAGGCCGUGCUCUUGCUGGGAAAGCGGAAAAGAAAAUGGCGGCCGUGGCUGCAGAGCCUGGAACUGCUGCGGCGUCGUCAGCUACUGCUGGGGGCGGUCCAGAGGCUGAGCCGGAUAGAUUACAGCUCACCGAGGCUCAGUCUGAAAUCGAGGCCGAGGCCGCCUCUACCGUGAAGGUGGAUAAUGAGGAAACGGUGGUUUGCGCUCAGGUGGAGGAUAGGCCAGAGGCUGCCGUGGAGACGAUCCACGUUAACCUCGGGGAGCUACUAGCGGAGGAGGAGGCGGAGGAGGAGCCGGCGACGAGCAAUGAGGCAGUAGAAAGCGACCAGGUGAGCGCAGUGGAGGCAGAUGUUCUAACCGAGGUGGCGAAAGAGCAGGAGGGUUUAGAGUUCAUGCAUGUGGAUGAAGAACCCAGAAAUGCACUGGGUGUCGAUCCGACAUCUUCCACUACUGCCGCGAUAGAAGAAGGGACCUCCGAAUCCACUACUGCUGCGAUAGAAGAAGGGAUCCCCGAAUCCCGCCCCGAGCUCGAGACCGAGCUCAGUUCGGAGCUUGAACCUGCUCUCGCUGAGGUGGUGGAACCUUUGUCCUUGUCAGGGGGGUCUCCGGAGAGCGCAACUGUCAGCCAAAAUGUUAUCGAGGAGGAACUGGCUUUGCCAAAUGAGGUGGAGGAGAAUUUGGAGACUAAGGUGGAGACGGAGGAGCAGCAGCAUCAGCAUCAGCUUCCAUUCGAGGACCGGGGACUUUCUCCAGUGAAUGAAGACGUGCUGAAGUCAGAGCCCGAGUCCACUCCUGCCGAGGUCGAAGUAUCUUUUGGCGAUGGAAAUGGCCAGCUGGUCCCCGGCUGCGAGGUGCGAGUCUCGCUAGAUCACAUCAUCGACGACGCGCUGGUGGUGUCGUUCCGGUUCGGCGAGAAGAUCUUCUCCGGGGUCCUAAUGGACCUGUCGAAAAGGUUUGGACCUUAUGGAAUACCAGUGACAGUUUUUCCAAAACGUGAAUACAGGGAUAAACCUGAAUCUAUGCAUCUAAAGAAUGAAGUAUUCCAGACCGAAAGCAAAGAAAUUACAGGUGCCACUCCAGAGGAACCUGCCAAUAAUCCUCCUGCCCCGACUAACCUGUGGACUUCUAAACACCCUCCUCUGUUCCAUGAAGGAGCCCCAUACCCUCCACCUUUGUUUAUCAGGGACUCUUACAACCAAUCAAUACCUCAGCCCCCUCCUCGAAAGAUUAAGAGGCCAAAGCGAAAGCUCUACAGGGAGGAGCCUACAUCCAUCAUGAAUGCGAUUAAACUUCGACCACGGCAAGUCCUUUGUGACAAGUGCAAGAAUACCAUCAUGGCUGAUAAAAAAGACGUGAAAAGGGGGCAUACUACUGAUUACAGAGGCGAGGAGGGCAAAAGGAGACGAAGCGAGAAUGUCGCAGCUGUAAAUAAGAGACUCCGGACUGACCAUAAAGUGGAUGAGAGAGGCAGGGGGAGUGAGGGGCCAAAGCGUCAUGGCGCAGUGGUGAAGGUUUCUGGCGUCUCCCACUCGAGAGGCAGGGUGGUCCGAGUGGGGACAGCGACAGUCUCUCGGACAAACAGCUCUCGUGUGCAGUUAAACACCAAGAAGGUUUUGCAGAACAAGAAUGUGGACCACUCAAAAGCACGAGAGGUGUUGAAGAUGGCCAAGGAGAAGGCACAGAAAAGGCAGCGAGAGCGUGGUGGUGGGGGUACCAAUGCCGCAGUUUCGAAGGUCCAUCAUACUCGUCGGCUCCAGAACAGCGGCAGCAACGCAGCCUCUCUCCCUCCAAGGAUACGCAUCAAGCCCCAAAGGUACCGUAAUGAAGAGAAUGACUCUUCCUCUUGUAAGGUGGGCUUCGAGAAAGUACAGGGCAGCUGUAAAGGGGUGCCCAAGACUGCUACUCCCCGUUGCACCUCAACUCGCUCCUCGGCAGGUGAGGCCACUUCUUCUGAAAACCAGAGCCCCACUAAAGGCCCUGAGCUCGAGGCUGCAGUUGAGAAUAAAGAACUGGUAGUGCUGUCUGAGGAGCGGGAGGAAAAACGGGAAAAGCGGGGCAGCAAGGGCAAUAUCACAGUUUACAUGAGCCUAAAUCAGAAAAAGCCAGACUCCUCUAGUGCUUCGGUGUGUAGUAGUGAUAGUGCAGAUGACCUUAAGUCCUCCAACUCAGAGUGUAGUUCUACUGAAACAUUCGACUUUCCUCCUCCUGGCUCUUUGCACACACCCUCCACUUCCAGCAGUGCCACUGCCGCCACUGCCACCGCCUCCUCAUCCUCCUCUCCGAAGGACGGACAAAAGCUCAGUAAUUCCUUGCAAGCAAAAAUCUUUUCCAAAAAUGUAUCAAAGUGCGUGACUCCAGAUGGCAGGACCAUAUGUGUAGGGGACAUUGUGUGGGCCAAAAUAUAUGGCUUCCCUUGGUGGCCAGCCCGGAUCCUGGCGAUAACUGUGAGCCGGAAAGAUAAUGGCCUUUUAGUGAGGCAGGAGGCCCGCAUCUCUUGGUUCGGGUCACCAACAACAUCUUUCCUGGGCCUGACACAGCUCUCCCCAUUUUUAGAAAACUUCCAAUUGCGCUUUAACAAGAAGAGAAAGGGUCUGUACCGUAAGGCCAUCACAGAGGCGGCGAAGGCUGCCAAGCAGCUUACUCCUGAAGUGCGGGCCCUGCUGACUCAGUUUGAGACGUGAAUGCAGCAGAACAGGAAGGAAGGAAGGAAGCACAGCGACAUUAACAAGCUGCUGAUUGGUCCUUGGAGUCCAGUACAACACUGCCAUCUGGGUACCAGAAGGGGACACUACACCGUGGACACAACCGAUCUGGAGAGCAUUAUUUUACUUAAUUUAAAAUGCAGAAGAAAGAAACGAGAUCUGUGAAAGAGAUGUAUAAAGUUCUUGAACGUUUA